AUGGAAGCUGGACAUGACCAGGUCGGCGGUUCGUCUGUGUUAGCGCCUAUGAUCACGAGCUCCUCGUUGAUUGGAGGAGAUGCAGCCGUUAAUGCCGCGACCGGCACUCCCACUGCGAAUCUAUCGGGUUCCAGCACCCCUUCAAAUGCUCAAGGGCAAACGGCUGUAUAUGUGGCUGCGAAUCAAAUCCAGCCUUGGACGCUCACGGACCAGCCGACUGUGACGAACACGACCCUCGGUGGUCAAACACUUUCCUUGCCAUCGCGGCUUGAAGAUGCACUACUUCGACCACGAUACCUGACACUCGUCCCCCCAACACUCAACGUCAAUUUCCGGCUGGCGAUUCUGUCCAAAGUAACGCACUUGCACUAUUCUGUUGAACUGCCUCGAGCGCUCAACGUAUUUGGAGUCGGCGAGGGGUUAUUAUCAGGAGUUGGAAGUAGUGGUGUCAAUGGCGAGCUGACGCACGUCGCCUUUGACUACCCGCUAGGAGUCACGGGCGUCAGGGUGGAGACGCUUCUAAUGCUCGUGAGGAGUGCGUUGGAUGUUGGGAAACGACCAGAGCAUGAAAUGGACGACAACCGGUCAAACACCCCGCGACCGUUUGGGGACGACACAGAAGACGAGCGUCGACGGGACGAAAGAGACGACAAUCAGAGCCGACGAUCUAGCCUCGAAGAAGAGGAGAAUACGACUGCGAAUCCAAGGGGACGCAUGCUGGAAAUGGUCGUCGUGCGUGUGCUGCUCCGACCGCGACCACGGAUAAAGCAGAGUGACCGGACGGGCCAAGUCUGGCGGCAGUUGGCAGAUUUGAGCGCACAGGAUGAGCGACUGGUCUACUUUGAGAGUGCAGGAUUGUUUGGAGAGGAUGUAUGGGAGAUGGCUCGUGCGAGUGUUGCACAGCGCGAACGCUUGUCAGCGAGCUGGUACCGCGAGUCUCCAUGA